AUGUACAACGAAGUACCGAUAACAGAUAAAAAGCCAUCGAGCAGAUGGCUUGGUAAAUCAACAUUCAAUUGGUACAUUUAUUAUUGUUCUUUUGCCGCCAUUUGGUUGACUAUUGCAGGUACCGUAAGUUUGAUAUGGAUAUCACCAAUGAUUUCGAUAUUACAAUCCAACGAUCCAAACAUUAAUCCAUUAGGCAAGCCAAUCUCAACAAUCCACUUGUCCGUAUUAACGUCCGUUUCGUUUCUAUCUCCGCUUUUAACGACACCAACAAUAGGAAAAAUAUCCGAUAAAUUCGGAAGAAAAAAUUCGAUGAUUUUCUCGGCUACGUUGACCGCUUUGUCCUAUCUUACGAUAGCGUUCGUGCCAAACUUUUACAUCUAUUGCAUUUGCAGAUUGAUAACGGGCGUCGCCAAAGAUUACAUUUUGGUAAAUUGUAGCAUAUACAGCAACGAAAUAACUGAGCCGAGCAAGAGGGGGCGCUUCGGAUUGUACUUUACGCUAGCCUACCCGUUGGGGUACUUGUACGGCUACGUAAUAGGAGCUUACGCAGCUUUUAGGUUAUUCAAUAUUUUGUGUUCCCUGCCGGCCGUCGUGCAUUUACUGCUAUGCGCCUUUAUCACCGAUUCCCCGGUGGCGUUGGCGUUGAAGGGUAAGCGAACGAAGGCUCUCAGGGCGUUAGAGAAGCUGCGAGACAGCGGACAAGAGAAAGACCUCGAGCUCGAGCUGAGCGCGAUACUGCGAGAGGUGAAAUCGAAGGCCGAAAACAGCUCGUUCCAGUUGAAGAAUUUGUGGAACAACGCCGCCAGCAGGAAGGCUUUGUUGCUGGGGUUGGUGGUGACGUUUAGUGAAAAAUGCUGCGGUAUAAAUUUCGUGCUACCGUUCUCUGCGGAUUGCUUCAAUCGCUUAAAUUUGUCUGGGAACACGGUAAACAUUUUGAUAGCCGUCAUACAAUUUUUCGGCUUUCUAUUCUCCGCUUGCAUAGUGAAUAAAGUGGGGAAAAAGCGGCUCAUGAUUUCCUCCAUGAUCGUUUGCAUACUGUCGAUGCUCUCCAUGGGAUGUUACCUUUUUCUGCAUAGCAAGCAAAUCGUGUCUUCGAACUUGGAUUGGUUAUCGGUGGUUUGCGUAUUGGUAUUCAUGACAGGCUAUAGUACAGGCUUAGGUUGCGUCGAACUUUCCAUUUUGUGCGAGUUGUUCCCCACUCAAUUCAGGGCGCUGGGAGUCACUUUGGCGGUAACUGCUGGAGUAUUAAUUUCAUUCAUCAGCCUAUUUGCGUUUCCCAUCGUCAGGGAAAGGUUUGGAGAGUAUCCCGUUCUUUGGUUCUACGGACUUAUUAAUAGUGUUUUUCUAAUUAUAGUGUAUUUUAAAUUACCCGAAACGACGGGAAAAAGCUUCGAGAAAAUACAGAAUUUGUUAGAGGAAAAUAAAUAG